CUGUUUUAUUUUCCUUUUGAGUCGUCUUUUGUUUAUUUAUUUUUUCCGAGUUUUUUUGUUUCUCGUUAGUUUUGUUCUUUUCUUUUUUAUUUCUCUCUUUUUUUAAACGUUGUUUUAAAAUUUGAGAAUCUGUUUUAUUUUCCUUUUUGUUUUUUUCUCGUUUUUUCUUUCCUUUGAUGUGUAUUCUGAUUUUCGUUUUUUAACUUACUUUGUACAAAUUAAAAUUAAAAUUAUUUAUUUCGAAUAGGAAUUUUAUGUGUACUUUUAUUUCUUGUAUAGAUUAACAUAUUGUGUGGAUUUUAUUAUUUUUUAAUUAUAAUUUUUAUUAAAGAUUAAUUAUUAAUGUAAUUAUAUUAAUUUUAUUAAAAAAUAAAUUAUAUAUGAAUAUAUGAUGUGGAAAAAUUAAUAAUUAUAUAAUUAAAAAAUAGAGAAAGUGUCGUAACUUAAGUGGUCCUACAUAGUGUAGAUGCCCUUAAUCCAUCUGCAAAUUGCAGGUGCACUUUGAUUAAGAUUACGUUUGUGAAUCUAUCUGAAUCCUGAUCCCGCUUAUCAACAGCUUCAUCUACUCAGUGGAGAAACCGUAAUUUCCUUCCUUAUUACAAUGUAACAGAUUGAAAUGGCCAGUGAAAAUGGUGAAUGCCUUGGAUGGGCCGCGAGAGAUCCCUCUGGAACUCUCUCUCCUUACCGAUUUAGUCGCAGGUCUGUUGGUCCUGAUGAUAUUUCUAUAAGUAUUCUGUACUGCGGAGUUUGUUAUGCUGAUGUUGUCUGGACUAGAAACGUAAUGGGCCAUUCAAAUUAUCCUUUGGUGCCCGGACAUGAGAUUGUUGGGGUUGUGAAGGAGGUGGGAUCGAACGUUGAUCGCUUUAAAGUUGGUGAGCACGUCGGGGUGGGAACUUAUGUAAAUUCUUGCAGACAGUGUGAGUAUUGUGAUAGUGGAAUAGAAGUCCAUUGUACCAAGGGAUCGGUCUACACAUUUGAUGGCGUAGAUGUCGAUGGUACCAUCACUAAGGGAGGAUAUUCUAGCUACAUUGUAGUUCACCAAAGGUACUGCUUCAGGAUACCUGAGAAUUACCCUCCAGAGUUAGCAGCACCGUUGCUAUGUGCUGGGAUUACUGUGUACACCCCCAUGGUGCGGCAUAACAUGAAUCAACCCGGAAAAUCCUUAGGGGUGAUUGGGCUAGGUGGGCUCGGCCAUUUAGCCGUCAAGUUUGGCAAGGCUUUUGGGUUGAAAGUUACAGUUUUCAGCACCUCCAUAUCCAAGAAGGACGAGGCAUUGAAUCUUCUCGGGGCAGACUGUUUUGUCAUCUCUUCCAAUGAAAAGGAGAUGAAGGCUUUGGAGAACUCACUAGAUUUCAUCAUAAACACAGCAUCCGGAGGUGCCUCGUUUGAUUUAUACUUGUCGCUGCUCAAGACCAUGGGCGUGCUUGUUUUGGUUGGGUUUCCAAGCGAAGUGAAGUUCCAACCGGGAAGCCUGAACCUAGGCGCAAAAACAAUUGCGGGAAGUAUAACAGGUGGAACAAAGCAGACACAAGAAAUGCUGGCCUUUUGUGCUUCCCACAAGAUUUACCCCGAAAUCGAGAUGGUUCCCAUUAGCUAUUGCAACGAGGCCCUAGAGCGGCUGGUGAAGAAGGAUGUGAAAUACCGGUUUGUGAUCGAUAUUGCCAACACUCUUACCUAAGGUCUGUAGAGUCAUAAACUAAUCUUGUUGUUGCAGUGACAAUUAAAAUCACAUAAUAUACUUAGCUGUUGAAAACCUUUGGCAAUGUUUGCUUAAUUAGCACUAGCUCUUGUUACUUGAAUAAUAACGACUAGCAUAUAGGUUUGCUAGUACUUCAAUCAUGUAUCAUUGGAGAGAAUUUUAUUCGUUUGUCUGAAAUUCCCUUCCAA